CCGAGGAUGAGCGCUUCAGUACCGAGCCCACCGCCCUUUUUGCAACAUGUGGGUGAGCCGCCGAUACAGUUUAUGACGUGGCGCAAAUUCUUUGAGAAUUACAUGCUAGUGAUAAAUGCUACGGGAGAUGCAUGGCUGGAGGCAAGACGACGAGCCGUCUUAUUACAUUGCUUGGGACCAGAGGGACAACGACUGUUCUACACACUGCCGAAUCAAGUGUUGUUAAAGAUAAAUUGCUGCUGGAGGAGGACCUUACAUUGGACAAGGCAGUUACUAUUGCAUGUCAGGUGGAGGCUGCGGUCAAGAAUGCUACACUCCUCUCUGCUGCGCCCACGGCCCAGACUGCUGCAGUACAAGCUGUGGAGGUGAAGGACGCACGUCUUCGGGGAAAAAGAGGAGCGCGACCAGCUCAAGCUCAGGGACCUACAUCUAAAGAAUGGCACAAAAAGGCAAGUCAUAAAGAGCAACAGCGUCAUUGUUUCAGAUGUGGAUCCGAGAAACACCUGGCUAAUGAUAAAAACUGUCCAGCAGCAAAAGUAAAAUGUGAUAAAUGCAACAAAAAAGGGCACUUCGCCAGAGUUUGUAAAUCAGCUGUAGCAGUGGUCAGGGAAGUAGUUGUUCCUGAGUUUACAGUUUUAUGUGUUGAUGAUCACAAACUGAUGACUGCAGCAUGUGAUAAGAUUACAUGCAAAAUGAACAUUGAAACACCACAGGGAAACUCUCAGGUUCUGGAGUUUAUUGUGGAUACAGGAGCUUCAGUAUCUAUCCUUCCAGAAGCCAUCUACAAAGAACAUUUUGCACCCUGUGCUUUGACUGAACCGAAAGUUAAGCUUGUCACUUAUGCAAAAGGUGACUUGCCUGUCAUUGGCUGCCUACAGGCUUCAGUGAGGGUUGCAAACAAUGACAGAAAAGUGCCAGGAUCAUUCUUCAUAGUUAAAGAUGGAUCACCUUUGCUGGGGUUGGACUUAAUUAAAGCACUUAACAUUGAUAUCAUUGCUGGAAAAGUCAUCAACAAAGGAGAGGAUCCUGCAAGAGGAUCACUAGCCAGUAAACAAACAUGCACGGUGAAUAACAUUGAUUCUUCUUCUUCCCAUCAUCUCGGAGCUGUUAAAGGGUUCAUCCACAAAGUUCAAGUGAACAAGACAGUACAGCCAGUUCGUCAAAAACUGCGGCGUCUACCACUCAGCAUACGUGAGGAGGUGUCAGCUGAAUUGAAACGUCUACUCCAAGCAGGCAUCAUCGAACCAAUAAUGCAAACAGUCCUAAGAGACCAGACAGGAGUACAGAAUUACUUGGAUGACAUAAUAGUGUAUGGACAUUCCAGAGAAGAGCAUGAUGAACGGUUACAGGCUGUCCUCCAACGCCUGAAGGAUGCCGGUCUGCAGAUCAACUUCAACAAAAGUUCAUUUGGACAGACAUCUAUUCCGUUCUUGGGACACGUCAUUUCUAAGGAUGGCCUGAGCCCCAGCCCAGACCACCUGACUAGCAUCACCAAAGCUCCUGCACCAAAGGACAUGGCUGCUCUUCGUUCCUUCUUAGGCUUGACUUCGUGGUUCAGCAAAUUUCUACCAAACUAUGCAAUUGUGGUUGAACCACUCCGUGAGCUACUUCGGACAAGUCAGACGGCUGAACUUCAAUAG